AUGUUAACGACUACUAUUGAUUCGCCACAACAUAAAAGAGUUCUUCGAAGGAAGAAUAUUAGAAAGGAUAAGCAUGCAUCAAAUGAUAUUCGUAAAACGUAUAAAUUGGACGAAAACGUUAUAAGGAUAAAAAAAGCGAAGGAGAUACAUCUGGAAAUAAUCAAGUGUGCUAGGAAUAUAAACGAUGCUUAUAGUUUACAUAUUUUAUUGUCUACAUUAGCAUCUUUAAUUUUAAUCACCAUUACAUCUUACAAUCUGUUUCGUUUCUUAAUUUCUACGAACCACGGUGAAAAACUGAUAACUUUCAACUUUUUAUAUUGGAUUUCUCAUUUUGCGAUCAAGAUCGCUAUAGUAAGUUAUGAAUUAUUGAUGUUAUAUCUUAUUUCUUUACAUGCGAUAAACACCGGAGAUAUUCUUUGUGAAUUGUACGAACCGUCAACCAGUAACGAAUUUCGUGUAGAGAUUAGUGAUUUCACUCUACAGCUUAUUCAAAACCCACUGAUUUUUAGGAUUAAUGGCUUUUUUGAUAUAGACCAUACAUUGAUACGUAAUUUGAUCGGUAUCAUUACAACUUACAUCGUUAUUCUCAUUCAAGUUGGGGACGUACCACAAAUUUUAAUUAAAAAUUCAACGUUAUCAACUAAUAAUGAUUGA